AUGUUGCAAUCGUGUAUAUACACGUGCGUUGUUUGCCUACGUGACAUAAUUUACACCAUACGACCGUGUACAUACGAGUUGAUAUAGGUAUAAAAGUUUAUUGGUAUGAGUAUUCGAAAAGUUCGCGAUGGUUUUAACGCGUCACGAAUGACGAUAAACGGAUUAUAUUGUAUGUACAUACGAGUACUGUACGGGUAUAUCAAGUGCAAUAGUAAUAUUUGAAACGUUAGAAUCAGUUCGAUCUUCUCAACUGGCGGUUCGAUAUCAUAUUUGUUUGGCAAAUUUUUGCAAAACGUGCGAAACGUUAUUUUCGUAAACAAGUUGCGAUAAACAGCAAACAACAACACAAAGUCAAUAAGAAAGUGUCGUAACAGUGUAAAAAGUGUAUUAAAUCUUGGUUUGGUGAAAUUUUUCGCGAAUUUCACCAGACGCCGAAUUGUGAUUACUUGGCUAAAUUUAUAGAAAGUAAUUCACGCACGCGUUCUUGACGAGCAGCAGAAGCGCUAUUAAAAUGGAUUUCAUGAUGAAGCAUAACCUGGGCGUGCAGAAUUUAAUUUUGGAAGAGUGUUUGAUAUGUUUUGCCAAACUCGGACACUGUGAAGUAAACUUUAGAAGACUGCAAAAAAAGUGAUUUUAGAGAAAUUUAGUCAAAAAAAAGUGUAGUGCAAUAUAAAAAAUUAGAAAAAAUUGGUGCAGGGAAAAUUAAUUCUUGGUAUUUUUUGUAAAAAUCAAAAUCUACGCAAGAAAAUUUUUGGGGAAAAAUAUUUUUUGAAAAAAAUUUUUUGGGAAAAAAUAUUUCGAAAAAAAAUAAUCAAAAAAUUAGUUUUUUUACGAAAAAAACUAAACAUUUUUGAUUAAUUUCGAAGAUACCCAAGAUUUCAACCAGAAGAAGUCUGGUGUUCAGUUGGACCUCUCCUACCGACACAUCUCGCUCGCCAACUCAACGCGGCGUCGCCGUCAGUUGGCCAUAGCCGGCGUCUCGCACUCGCACAGUGCGUCCGCGGCCGCCGAGCCAGCAGCACCACACACGUGAUCCUCUUUGCGCGCCCCGGUCCCGAGAAGGAUUACCACCACGCCAGCCAGGAUGACCGCGCGCGGCGGGCGCGUGCCCAUGCAGUGCGUGCGUGCGGGGUGGUGAAGACGUCCCCGCGCCUUCCCCAUUUCGAGUGUGCGUGUGUGGCGACUCCAGGGCGGCGAUGCCUCAGUCAUGGUGAAGGCGCCGUCGCUGGGGUUGCUUGUAGCUACUAUGUGUUGCAUCGCCAGCUGUGCCAGUGCGCCCGCUCCCAUUGACUACCACCACCAUCACCAGCAGCAGCAGCAGCAGCACCAGGAGUUGCUCAUUGACGACGGCGCGGAAUUCGCGCGCGCCGAGCGCAGCGCUUCGAGCAUGGCGCGCAAGAUUCAGUUCUUCAUCAAGAACUAUCACCUGCAGAUCUUGCCGGAUGGUACCGUGAAUGGCACUUUGGAUGAUGGCAGCGUUUAUACUAUACUUCAGCGCACGGCGAUUGGCAUUGGCAAGCUGAAGAUCCAAGGCGUCGGAACCUGUCAGUACUUAUGCAUGGACGCGUGCGGUUUUCUCUACGGAUCGAGGGAGUUUAAUGAAGAAUGCGUCUUCAACGAGAUGAUCCAAGAGCACCACUACAACACCUACUCCUCAACGAGGUACUCCAAUGAAAAACGCACCAUGUACCUAGCGCUGAACCGAAAGGGUACACCUCGCAAGGUGCUGCUACAUGCCGGACACCCUCUAGGAAGGUUAUCCUCAUACACCAGGGUCCUCACCAGGACGGUACCACCUCAGAAACUGGAGGAUCUCCACCCGGUGCGACAUCACGGGCAUUCCUGCCCCGCGGAUCCAGUCAAACCCCAUUCACAACAACAAGCCCCGACGCGUUGUCGACGCCACAAGAAGCGCAAGAAACGAAAACGAAAGUGUCCCGAAGAUGAAGACUCCCUGGCUGCCCCAGGGGAGUCGCCCUGCAUCGGGGGCGGUGGAAAAAGACAACGCGUACGACCCGUAGCCAAUAGCCAUAGUAACAUUAAUAGUAGCCAUAGGUGUGAAUCGGACGAUAGUGAAGAGUGCCAAAGAGUUGUUGUUGAUCUGAACGUUGGUGGUGGUGGUGGUAAGAAGGCGAGCAGUAGUAGUGCGAAGACGAAAUUAGGUGAUAGACUGGCGUCGAGUGGCGCGAAGAAGAAGCGGCUGCAGAUGAAAGGUAUUACGAAGUUGGCCGGGGGCGGCGGCGGCGGUGGUGGUGGAAGGAAACGAGUGCGGAAUACAACGCAUGGGCCGCCCACGACCACGCCUCUUCCCACAUUGGUGGAGGAGGGUACUGAGGAGGGUGAUUAUCUCGACGGGACGACGGCGUUGGAGUGGGAUGAUCCCACGGCGGCGCCGACGCCCGAAGAGGCGGCCGCGCUGCCGGAUUGACUCGGCGUCGACAGGACUGAAGCAACUACGAACGUAACGACGACGACUACAAUGACGACAUGGACACCGCCUCCUGACGCCCAGGGGGGCGGGUGUUCUCUUCAUGCCACUCCUUCAUCAUCCACUCGCAUGUUUUUCUAUUUAUUUCUACUAUUUAUUAUAUUUUGAAAAUUGUACAUAAAUUAAGUAAUCAUAUACCUCGCUAUACAAUAAUAAAUAUUGAGAAAUACACACACGAUAAAUAA